ACGGCCAUUUUGUUUUGAAGUCAAGAGAAGAAAGACUUCUGUAAAAUAUUCCUUCUUAAAAAUAUUCCCACAGAAAAACUAUGCCGCUAGAAGAGAAACCAAAGGCUCUUCCUCCUCCAUCAAUCUAUGUCGAAAGGACUUUGGCAAUUAUAAAGCCAGAUGCUGUUCAUAAAAGCGACGAAAUCGAGGAAAUAAUUUUACAACAUGGCUUUACUAUUUUGCAGAAAAGAAGAGUCCAUCUUACACCAGAGCAAACCAGUGACUUCUAUGCUGAACACUAUGGYAAGAUGUUUUUUCCAAGUCUUGUUGCAUACAUGAGUAGUGGACCCAUACUAGUCCUGAUUCUUGCAAGAGAGAAUGCUAUCUCCUUCUGGAGGCAACUGAUUGGUCCAACAAAUACACAGAAAGCCCGAGAUCAAGCACCAGAGAGCUUGAGAGCUAUCUAUGGUACAGAUGGUACAAGAAACGCACUACAUGGAAGUGAUUCAAUUGUAACUGCAGAAAGAGAAAUCCACUUCUUCUUUGACAACUGUGUAGUUGAGCCUGUAGCAACAGGUCAGUCAGCAAAAGACUACUUAACAAGAGUAGUUAACCCAACACUACUCAGUGGGCUGACAGAACUUGCUAAAAUGAAACCCAAAGAUCCUAUUCUUUGGCUAGCUGACUGGCUGAUAGAAAAUAACCCCAAUAAACCACGAGUUGCAGAAGAAGGAUACAUUGUAGAAGAACCCCAAGACUGAGUCCAAUAACUAAAAUAAAUUGUAAAUAAUUUGUGUGUUCUUUGUAAAUCUAUUAUAUUCUAUCCUAUUAAAAGUGUCCAGUUGUAUAGAAAACGCA